AAGAUAACAAAUAAGGAAGAAAAGAAAAUCAAAUAAUUACCGGGAAAAAAAAAGAAGAAAAUCAAAUCAAAACAGUGUUGGUCUUGGAAUCCGGAUGGCAAUGGGGAGAUCGAGAAUUACCGGGCAGUAAUACGCACCAAUUCCUCUUACCAGAGCUUAUCGCGCGCAUCUCAGUCUGCAGAACUCUGGACAAAGAUCCUCGAUCUAGCGAACGAGCAAAGAACAGGUAGAGAAGAAGAAGUCAUUAGAGUAGGGGAAGGAGAAUGGGAGAUCUAUAUGUAUGGCUAAUCUCCUUCUUCAUUCUAAUAGCCCUACUCGUCAUCAUCGUCUUCCAGCUUAUGUGCUUGGCAGAUUUGGAGUUCGAUUACAUCAAUCCUUAUGACUCUUCUUCAAGGAUAAACAAAGCGAUUAUGCCCGAGUAUAUUACAGAGGGAGCUUUGUGCUUGUUUUACCUAGUGACAGGGCAUUGGUGUAUGUCACUCAUUUGUGCUCCUUACCUCUACUACAAUGCCAGGCUUUACACAAGACAAAAACAUCUGAUAGAUGUUACAGAGAUUUUCAACCAGCUGCACGCGGAAAAGAAGCAGCGGCUUUAUAAAUUGUUUUAUCUCAUUAUUCUCCUUUUCCUAUCAAUAUUCUGGAUGAUCUUGACCGCCUUGGAAGAUCACGACAUGGAUUAAGUUGCAUCUCACUUAUCCUGGAUCUCGAUAUUGUGUGGAGGUACAUGGUACAUAAAUCUGCUGCCUUCAAAUGAGCGGGGCUUAGAAGAAGAGGGUUUGUGUAACUGAUAUAAUGUGCAAGUCCCAGGAUGAACAAUUGAUUUCAUCUUUUGUUGAUUUAGCAAUUAUAGAUUUUCUUUGUAGACAUCAUACAACUACUACUGGACUUGGUCUCAAGAUUAGAUGUACGUUUUUGUUUGCUGUGUCCUUUUUCUUGCCUCGGCCUCCAUGUAAGAUUUCAUUUGGUUAGAGGUUGUUUUGUUGCCUCACCCUAGUUUCAUGUUUGACAUUUCGUGCUCGCCAAGAAAUUUGCCGUGUGUGUUGCCCUCGUGACGUGGACACGUGGGUAACCAGUCGGCCGAACCCUAAUUAUACACUCAUAUACUCCUCCUUAUUCCACACGGAAAGGGAAAACGUUGGCGCAUAAAUGCACGACCACCCCUGUUUCCGACUUUGCUACUAGUUCC